AUGGAAGAGCCGACACUGACAAACAAUCAUGGCAUCAUCAAUGGAGAGCUUAUACUUCCUUCUACGUCACCAGAUAGUCCAGGACCAAGUAUUCUGAAGGGCUUAUCCUCGAAACAAAAACUCAAUAUCGCAAAGAGACAGGCAUCAGCAGUCUCCUUCCUAUCAUCUAUAUCACUAGGCGUACCAGAUCCCAUACCACCACCUGAUAUAGAAAACAGUCUGAUAAGUGGUUAUCCACCAUUAACUCCUCGUCCUCAACUAUCGCAUUCCAUCACCCAAUAUUCAGCCAAUGCGCUCCUGCAGGGCACAAAGAGACGGCCAAGCACUGUAUCGUAUACAGACGUGAGGGCUGCUGGACUGGGUCUAGAUGAUGGUGAUGUGAUACUCAACAGCAAUACUGCAGCAAAUGCAAGUUGCAGUGUGCCCUCACAGAUAUCGGGAAUGAUACCACGUCAUGAAUCGUCUGGAAGUAAUUCAGACCCGGCUAAUGAGAGUGGACUGCCUGCCUUGUUUAGUACACCUGCUAAUAGCUCACCGAGAGGAACUCCACGCAGCAUGUUACGAAACACGACAAAUAAUGACAUCAACCCGCUUACGCUUGACUUGCCAAUGGAACAUGCGUCGUCACCAACAACGAGGAAACAACGUAGGAAUCAGCAGCAGCAGCAACAACAGCAGCAAGCUGCUCAAAACCGACAGGAUGAUACAUCGCCACGCCACGUACUCCGUCCAGCCGAUCUUUUAACUGGUGGUGCAAACAGUAAUGAUAUUGCAGGAAGAUUCGGAUUCGUCGAAUCGCCUAAUGGCGAUCCGUUUAUCAAUACCCUGCCAAGAAGUAUCUCGAAUCAUAACAAUUUACGUGCUAGUAGUAAUACAAACAAUGCGGGGCCCACGCCGCUAGGAACCUAUUAUAGUAGUCGGGAUCUUGUUGCUGAUUCGAAUGGUGGUGGGAGCUCACAGUUGGGACAUCGAAGGAGUAGUGGGAGUAUUAAUUCUGUGUCGGGGCGGCAGCAGGAGACGCAAAUUGGAGCAGUUACCAAGUUCUUUGGGAAGAAGAAGGAUAAAAAGAAUAAGAAGAGAGAUCGUGUCAAGAGUAUUGGUGAUCGAGUCAUGGACAAGAUUGGAAUUGGGUUGAGUAUGGACAAACGGAAAAAGGCAGAAUCGUUCGCUAUAAAUCUAGAGUCGGCAGGAUCGUUACAAUCCGAACCAGAUCAAAGUAUGGUACCGUAUGAUCCGUUCUUUUUCGAAGAUCCAGAGAUUGUGCCGCCUGAUUUGGAUCAUCUUACGAAUGCUACAAAGGCCUACUUUAUGGGCUCUCUGGUAGAUAAGCGUGCAGAGAAUGUAAAACGAGAAAUGAAUGAACAUUUCAGGGAAGCUCAUCCUGAAAUCGAUCAAUCUUUGACCCUCAGUCAAGUACGAAACUUGAAACGAGUCAUGUUGGAUGUUGGGCGAAUGCAAGAUAUGGAAGUAUCUAGUGUUGCUUGUGCUUAUGUGUAUUUGGAGAAGCUCAUUUUGAAGAACCACGUCAGCAAACUGAAUCGUAAACUGAUUGCAGCAUGCUGUCUACUAUUAGCAGCCAAAGUCAAUGAUCCCAAAGAGUUUGAUUAUGCUGAAUUGCUGGAAGCUGUUGACAAGGAAAUGGAUAUAUCACCACGAGAAGUUUAUGCACAUGAGUUUCAAGUGUAUGCAGCUCUGGAAUUCAAUUUGUUUUUGCCUGCUUGGGAGAUAUAUCCCCACAUGCAGAGGAUUUUGCAGUUGAUGGAAAUGGGAAUUGAUGAGUAUCUGCAUGGGCGCAAGUUUUUCCUUGGUAACUCUUAA